AUGACUGCGUCGGUUCCGCCCAUCUCUUCACUUGUACAAUUCGCGCCUCAUGCCUUGCCCUCCCUGUCCCCGUGGUUCAUAGCCGUCGUACUGCUCAGCUACCUUGCCCUCGUCCGGGCGUUGCGGUUUCGGGCCCUGCGCAGGGUCGAGCGCCAGUAUGCCUCCCUCGUCCAAGACCCCUACGACAUGGACUACAAGGCCGCGCACAAGAUCAUGCACCUCUCCAUGCUGUACGACUGUCCCUUCAUCUACGCCUUCAGCGGGCAGUUCUCGCUCCUCAAGACCUUCACCAUCGCGUCCGGCACUGGGUUGCUGGUCAAGACGCGCCAGCUGGGCAGUAGCGCGAACGUGGGCCGACGCAUCAACGACACGGGCCUCAUCACGACCGAGUUCGUCGUCGGCUCUCUGGACAGCGAGCGCGGGUCCCGUGCGUUGGCCAAGAUGAACUGGAUGCACCGCCAGUACGGAGACAAGAUCACCCAGCCGGAGAUGCUGCACACGCUGGCGGUGAGCAUCCUGGAGGCCAUCCGAUGGGUCGACACGUAUGAGUGGCGGGAGCUGACUUACCUCGAAAAGGUGGCCCUGUUUGUGUACUGGAGGGAGAUUGGCAACCGGAUGGGUAUCAAGGACAUUCCUCCCACGCUCGAGAAGCUGGCAGAGUGGACCAAAGAAUACCAGAAGACGGCCAUGGCCUAUUCGGACAAUAACCGCAUAUGCGCAGAUAUGUCGCUCGAGUUCUUCCUCAAACAUGUCUCGUCUCCUCUGCGUGGCGUUUUCCGCAAGGUGCUGAUGGCGCUGCUGGAACCGCGAACACGUGAAGCAUUGGGCUACGCUGCGCCUUCCGCAACAGUACAAACUCUGGUCUAUCGGUUCUUCCGGCUGCGUGCCUUUGUGGUCGGCCACCUCUUCCUGCCCCGGCUCCGCCCGCUCGAUCCGUUAGCCAAAGAAGAUCGAAAGUCCGGCCGCCUUCAUCCCGGCCAGCAAACUAUCGAGCCGUGGUACGUCAAAGACACGGCAUGGAACAAGUUUGUGGCGUUUUUGACAGGGGGUACACAGUAUCUACCUGGUCCAAAGUUCAAGAGUGAAGGUUAUUUGCCCGAGGAGCUCGGGCCCGCUAAAUUUGAGAAGAUCGCGAAAGAUGCGGUCUUGAAGGAGGCAGAAGCUCAAAGAGCGUAUGCGGCCGAAGGAGGCGCCGCAGUGCUUGGCUGUCCUUUUCGGUUCUGA